UCCGUCCCAUUUGCCAUUUUGGAAAGCUAAACCCUUUUUUUCAUGACUGAUGCUCUCCAUAUUUUCCCGGAAAAAGCCUCCUUCGUAGGGUUUGUCAAUGUGAAGUCAGUGACCCUCUUCCUCUACCUGUCGUAAUGAUCAUAUAGCAAUUCACGGUAUACUCAAAUCUAAAAUCAAAACCAAAAUCUGCUUUUUAAUUCCAAAUGAGAAAUUUGCGGUUCCUUUCUCCACAUUUAUCAAGAUUCCACAAAACACUCCUUCAAAACACUGUGCAAUCACUACCUAAGUCCUCUGUUUUCACCUGUCAGUAUACUUCCGCUUCUCAGGAUUCGAGCCCACCUGCCACAUCUGAUAAAGUAGCCGCCCUCGUCGAUGAAAUUUCCCAACUAACGCUUCUCGAGAUCUCUGAUCUCACCGAGGUACUUCGCAACAAGUUGGAUAUCAAGGAAAUGCCGGUAAUGGCGGUAAUGAUGCCUGGGAUGGGAUUUAGUGGCGUCAAGGGCGUCGCAAAGGGAGGAGCAGGUGCGGCGGCCAAGGGAGAGGAGAAGGUGGAGAAAACGGUGUUUGAUGUGAAGCUAGAAGGGUUUGAUGCGGCGGCUAAAAUCAAAGUGAUUAAGGAAGUCAGAGGAUUUACGGAUUUAGGAUUGAAGGAGGCAAAGGACUUGGUGGAGAAGGCUCCUACGCUCUUGAAGAAAGGAGUGACGAAAGAGGAGGCAGAGAAAAUUAUGGAGAAAAUGAAGGGGGUUGGCGCCAAAGUUACCAUGGAAUGAGGAAACUUCCUCCAAGGAUAAAAUAUUAAAGAAGUUAACGGCUUCACUGACAUGUCUUGUUGAAAUUAUGAGUUGCUGAUAUUGUUGCAUCGUGCUGGACAUCCUGGCAGACAAUAAAGACUGAAGCUGAUUUUCAGAAUGCAAAACGUUUAGGUUAGAAACUUUUUUUUUUCUUUGAAAUGGAAGAGGCAUACUCUGAGCUGUUAUCAGUAGUUUUCCCAAUUCUGAUGCCUUCAAUUUUCUGGUGGUUGGGAAUGCCCGUUGUAGAGUUGGUUCCUGAUGGUGAUUUUGUUUGUAUCAGUAUUGGAGACUCAAGGGCUAUCUACUUCGAAUCUUUGGUAGCCAUUAUUCUUAUAGUUAAAUGAGGAAGACCAGAUGUAUAAAUUCAUUUAGGCUUCUUGC